UAUAACUAUGACGCUGCUUUAACAAGUCAGUACGAAGCACUAGGCAUCAGACUAGAGCUUUAUGGGCACAACCAUGCAGAUACCGCCAACACCUUUUUCGUAAUUGGAAAUACUCAAUCUGCGAAAGGGGAUUACGAGACAGCAUUGCAAUCGUACGAGCAAGCACUUGCCAUCAGACAAAAUUUUCAUGGAAAAAUCCACCAAGACGUUUCCUUUGUUUUUGAUCAUAUUGGAUUCACAAAAUAUCUCUUGAAAGAGUACGAUUCAGCGCUGCAUUGGCUCCAGCAAGCCCGGGAUAUUAGGGUGGCGCUCUAUGGAAAGGAACACCCAACCUCCGCUAACAGCUAUUACUGCAUUGCAGAAUGUCAGCGCGAAAUGCAAGAUUAUGAUUCUGCUCUGAAGUCAUGUCAACAGGCACUUGAUAUCAGGUUAAAGCUCUUUGGACAGGAGUGCGACUUUACAAGCGACAGUUAUCGCCAAAUGGAAUUGAUACGAAAUCGGAAGUGA